GACGUAUUUUCGUCGUGCGUUCUAUUGUGUUCCAUUUGUUCUCUGCAAAUAAAGUGGUUGUAUAUUGAUUCAGAUAUUGACAGGGAUUGUCGAACCAUUGUCGAACCUCUGCGAACCCUUACUAUCGAGAUCUGAUUCUAUACCGCCCCUAUAAUAGACAACGACGAACAAAAUGUCCUGGCUCACCAGAACGACAUCCUCCCUCCCCAAACGACCCUCAUCCAUCCUCCGACCUCUCACCAUCACCAGACAAACCCUCCCUCAAUUACACCACCAACAACGAACCUACAAAAUAACAACCCCCCGCCCCGUCCACCCAUCUUCCUCCCCCUCCGCCCAACAAUCAACAACCGUCCUUCACGAUGACCACCUCACAAACCCUAACUUCCCUGCCCCGACAAGCACAAAAAAUGAGCAAACUCACAUCGACGCCCUAAUCUCAACCCUCCCCCUCGUGCAAUCCUUGCGCCACAACCCAUCCUACAAAGAAUCCCGCCCCCACCACUCCAUGGACCCAUCGCUGCGAUCGAUGCAUUUCGUCGCGGGUUCGCUGGCGGGGAAGAACAAGGUUACUGUUGCGCCGUUUAUGUGGAUGUCCAAUCCCUCCUCUCCCCCCUCCACCUCGUCUACUGUAUCUUCGCCAUCGGCGAAAACCAAUACCAAAACAAACGGGAAGGGAACGGCCGGCAGCCAUCUGUACUCAAUCUUCCACAUCGGCGGGCACCUCUGCGGACACCCGGGGUACGUGCACGGCGGGUUAUUAUCGGUGAUGUUCGACGAGGCCUUCGCGCGGUGCGUAUCAACAUCGUUCAACAGUGGGCUUGGUAUGACGGCGAAUUUGAAUGUGGAUUUCCGGAAGCCGGCGCUGCCGGGUAGGUUGUAUGUGCUUGAGGCGGGGACUGUGAGGGUUGAGGGGAGGAAGGCUUGGGUUGAGGGGAAGUUGGUUUGUUUGCCGGAUGUUGGGAACGGGGAGGAGGGGGAGGGGGUUAUGGUUGCGGAGGCGAGGGCUUUGUUUGUUGAGCCGAAGUUUGCGGAGUCUAUGAUUCCGUUGUAUAAAGGUUGAUCCAUUGAUCCCGGAUCGAGUUGGAUAAAGUUCUUCAUUUUGCGUUUUGCAUAAUACCCAUAGACAGAAUAGAAUAGAAUAGACUAGAUCAUGUACCAUUCCUAUCUAAUUGUUAUCUCACAAAUGCACGCCUUGACUCCCUACCAGGCCCGAUCAACCUGAUAACAAUCUUGCAACAAUAACCGAAAAGUAACUGAUGGAGAAGACCGUCCAUGCCCUUCAUUAGCCAGAGUAAGAACAUGCCGACACCUUUUCUUUCCACGCCAAGAUGAAAACGACGAAAAUACAAUU